AUGGCCGGCGAUAGUGUAGCUCGUAUCUAUGCGGACGCGAAUGAAAAGUUUGGUCGCGCUUGGUGGGACUAUGAUAAUUUGCAGCUGCAAUGGGGCACGCAGGACAACUACGAGAUUCUUCAAAAAGUAGGUCGUGGCAAGUACUCGGAGGUAUUUGAAGGAAUUAAUGUUGCGAGUACCAACUACGACAAGUGCAUUAUCAAGGUGCUCAAGCCCGUGAAAAAGAAGAAGAUUAAGCGCGAGAUCAAGAUUUUGCAAAAUUUGCAUGGAGGCCCCAAUGUGGUGCAACUCAUCGAUGUGGUGCGGGACCCGCAGUCCAAGACACCAUCCAUUAUUACAGAGUUUGUGAACAACACCGACUUUAAGGUACUCUACCCUCGCCUUACCGAAUUCGAUGUUCGGUUCUACAUUUUUGAGCUGCUCAAGGCGCUUGAUUUCUGCCAUUCGCGCGGGGUCAUGCACCGCGAUGUGAAGCCUCACAAUGUGAUGAUUGACCACGAGAAGCGCCAGCUGCGUUUGAUUGACUGGGGCUUGGCCGAAUUCUACCACCCCUACACAGAAUACAAUGUGCGGGUUGCGUCUAGAUACUUUAAAGGGCCCGAGCUCCUCGUCGAUUUCCAAGAGUACGACUACUCGUUGGAUAUGUGGAGCCUGGGCUGUAUGUUUGCAAGCAUGAUUUUUCGCAAGGAGCCUUUUUUUCACGGGCACGACAACUACGACCAGCUUGUCAAAAUAUGCAAGGUACUCGGCACAGACGCCCUCUUUUCCUACUUGGAAAAGUACAAUAUUGAGCUGGACUCGCACUAUGACGGAAUAUUGGGCCGCUACCCACGCAAGCCGUGGCCACGUUUCGUAACCCCCGAGAACCAGCGAUAUAUUUCUGAUGCCGCACUGGAUUUCCUUGACAAACUCCUACGAUACGACCACCAGGAGCGCCUCACUGCAAAGGAAGCACAAAUGCAUCCCUUCUUUGAUCCCGUGCGAAAAGCUGCUGCAAAAGAAGAGGGUUUCUAG